CUGCUUUUAGGUGUCAUCUGUCACAUGUGGAAGCGAGGGCUUCUUGUUUUAGGCAGUAAAAGUAAGAAGAGGACUUGGUGGUCAGAUGCCACCAUGAGAGCUGUUAAACCGUGGCUUUUUCAACCAAGCAAAAGGCUGCUUAUUCUUCUUCUGAGCUUGGCAUUGAUUUCGCUGGGAAUUAUAAAACUGCCUCUCUUUCACACGGACCCAAAGCCUGUUGAAGUGCCAGUAGACCCCAUCUACCAAGAGCGCAUCCAUUCCUAUGUCAGAGAGAUACUGGCCAAAGAAUGCAGACCUUCUUUUGCCCGACAGAGAAUGAAAGCUGAACAUUACAGCUCCACACCAGUGGUAGAGCCCUUUUUGGACAAGAACACUCAUUUAAAUGAACAAAUAUUCCAGUAUCCCCCACCGUUUGGUUUCAUGAAUAUGAAGAACAAGCUUCAGGAAAUCUUGAACCUCCUACCAGCCUCUUCUGAAUCGAGACAUGGAGUGCGAGAUUGUCAUCGAUGUGUAGUGAUUGGAAAUGGAGGGAUACUGAAAGGAUUAGGACUUGGACCUCUUCUUAAUCAGUUCGAUAUCAUCAUCAGACUGAACAGUGGUCCUGUCCAAGAUUUCAGUGCAGAUGUUGGGAACCGCACCUCCAUCAGGAUGAGUUACCCUGAAAGCUGCCCUAAGGUUUGGGAAGAUAUGGAUUCAGAUCUCAAAUAUGUGGCUGUGAUCUAUAAAUCUGUGGACUUCCACUGGCUUCGUGCGAUGAUCACCAAGACAUCCAUUUCGCUGUGGGACUGGCUGUUUUUCUGGCAGAAUGUGCCAGGGAGUGUUCCAAUCAAGGCCUCCCAGUUCCGUCUCCUGAAUCCGGAGAUUAUUAGGGUGACGUCCUCGGAUCUACUUCACUAUCCCGAUCCUAGAGAACGGCUCUGGGGCUGGGACCAGAAUGUCCCUACUUUAGGAGUCUCUGCUCUCAACCUGGCAACCUACUUAUGUGAUGAGGUGAGUUUAGCAGGCUUUGGCUAUAAUCUGAGCCAGAAAGAGGUUCCUCUUCAUUACUAUGACGACAAACCCAUGACAUCCAUGUUAAAGGAAGCCAUGCACAAUGUACAGACCGAGACUGUUUUCCUCAAACGCCUGGUAACUUCAGGCAGUAUUACUGACCUCACAGGUGGGAUACACUGCAGCUUCUGUUCAAGCUAAAUGUCUUCUCUACCACCAAACACCUUUGUGGGCCAAGCUAUCACAGUAGGGCAUGUGUGUAAGAAUUCAUGCAAGUGGACGUACUACUGAGUGUUUUAGUAACCUUAAAGCUGUGAGACUGUUUUAGGUGAAACUUUUAAUUUCCAUUUUUAGUCUUUUGUUUUAAAAAAAAGAUGCAUUGCCAAAAUAUAUUUUGUUGUUAAUUUAAAGCAGUUUGUUGGUUAACCAAAGCCUGUUUUUUAUUUAUUUUAUUUAUUGAUUC